AUGAUCUGGAAUGAUCCCUCGGCGGAGGGUGUUACAUGGAGCCUCGCCGGCGCGACGGCGCGGGUCACUCGGCAAAAGGCACUCGGCAAAGCGAUCGUGGAGGAGCUGGCCGGAUUUGGGGCGCGGGUGCACACGUGCUCCCGCAACGCGGCGGAGCUGGAGGCGUGCCGCCGGCGGUGGGAGGAGAAGGGGUUGCAGGUCACCGUCUCCGUCUGCGACGUCUCGGUGCGCGCGGACCCUGAGAGCCUCAUGGCCACCGUCGAGGCCACCUUCGGUGGCAAGCUCGACAUCCUUGUGAACAACGCCGGACAGUCACUGUUCAAGACCGCCGUGGAGUGCACCGGCGACGACUACACGCGGAUCAUGGCGACCAACCUCGAGUCGUGCUUCCAACUCAGCCAGCUGGCGCACCCGCUCCUUCUCGCCGGUGGCAGUGGCGGCAGCGUGGUCCACAUCUCCUCCAUCGCCGGCUUCAUCGGGCUACCGGCGCUCGCCGUCUACUCCAUGACCAAGGGCGCCAUGAACCAGCUCACUAGGAGCCUCGCCACCGAGUGGGCCCGUGACGGUAUCCGCGUCAACUGCGUCGCACCUGGCGGCGUCAAGACUGACAUCAGCAGUGAUAAGACGAUAGACCCAGAGCUGGUGAAGAACGAGAUGGCGCGGCUUCCCAUGGGGAGGAUCGCCGAGCCGGAGGAGGUGGCGUCCAUGGUGGCGUUCCUGUGCAUGCCGGCGGCGUCCUACAUGACCGGCCAAGUCAUCUGCGUCGACGGCGGCCGUACCAUAACUUAGCAGCCAGAUACUUAAGCAGCCAUCGAUGAUGU